AUGGCGCCACCGUUAUGGAAGGGGUUGGUAGGAAUCGGCCUCUUUGCCCUAGCCCAAGCCGCCUUUUCUGCUGCGCAGCAUCGUUCUUAUAUGAGAUUAACAGAAAAAGAAGAUGAAUCACUGCCAAUAGAUAUAGUUCUUCAGACACUUCUGGCCUUUGCAGUUACCUGUUAUGGUAUAGUUCAUAUUGCAGGGGAGUUUAAAGACAUGGAUGCCACUUCAGAACUAAAAAAUAAGACAUUUGAUACCUUAAGGAAUCACCCAUCAUUUUAUGUAUUUAAUCAUCGCGGUCGAGGACUGUUCCGGCCUUCGGAUACAACAAAUUCUUCAAAUCAAGAGGCGUUGUCCUCUAACACAUCAUCCAAGUCACGAAAACUCGAAUCACUGCGCCGCUAAGGU